UUUCACAGAAAGCUGUAGUCUUGCAUGAAGAACAAGCAGAUAUUGCAGUUGAGCCUUCAUGCUCUAUAACUGUGCCAGAUUCUCCUACAAAAGCUGAAUUAAAGAUGGAGAUCACAAAUCUUCAUACAAGUCUGAAGGCCUAUCGUUUGCUGAAGUUAAAAGUUAAAUAUAAUGAAGAAAAAGAUGAAGUAGAAGGCUUUGAAGACUUGGGGAGUGACUCAAGAACACACCUCAUAGCCAAUCAUGCUACAAUGUUUAUGUUGAGAGGAUUGAUAUCUUCCUGGAAACAGCCAGUUGGCUAUUUUCUCUCAAGUGGACCAAUGCCCAGUGAAAGGCAGUUUGACCUGAUCAAAGAAUGUGUGAAUAAAGUGCAGGGUGCUGGUUUGAAGGUGAAGGUGAUCAUAGCAGACCAGGGGGCAAACAAUAGAAAAACAUUUGAAAAGCAGUUUAAUAUAUCAGAAAGCCAUCCAUUCUUAUUACAUAAUAACGGGAAGAUCUUUUUCAUGUAUGAUCCCCCACAUCUUCUAAAAAACAUAUGUAACAAUUUAAAGAAGCAUGGUUUUCUUGUAAAUGGCAGCUUGUGCUCUUGGGAACAUGUGGAAAACUUUUUCAAGUUUGACAAACAAAAUUCUGUGCGAAUGGCACCAAAGUUAACUGAAAAACACAUGAUCCUUCCCCCUUUCAGUAAAAUGAAUGUUUCGUUGGCUGCACAGGUACUGUCUCACUCAGUUGCAGCUGGGAUAUCAACAUUAGUGCAGUUUGGAACACUUCCUGAUGCUGCUAAACAAACAGCACUAUUUAUUGAACGCUUUGACCAGUUGUUUAAUGCAUUUAACAGCAGCAGACUCAGUUCAGGAAGACAGAUGGGUCAUGCAAUGUCACGAUCAUCUGGGCAUAAAGAGUUUCUCUGUGACACUUUGCAAUGGUUGCGCACUGUUGAAACACCCUCAUCCAAUGCACUACCUUGUCUGACAGGGUGGAAGAUGACUGUGCAGGCUCUGCUUGAGCUUUUUGAUGAGCUUCAGACAAAUCAUGGUAUUUCAUUCCUUCUUACAGAUAGACUGAAUCAAGACUGCUUAGAAAACUUUUUUUUCUUGCAUUCGGGGAAAAGGGGGACAUCUACAUAAUCCCACUGCAGAACAGUUUAGAUUAUUCUUCCGUCAGCUCAUGAUUGAGAACCUGUUUCAUCACAGUCGUGGAAGUAAUUGCCAGAAGGACAAUGACAGCUCUUUAUUGACUCUGACAUC